AUGCCUACUAUAGCGAAUGCCCAUAACGAUUUGAUUCACGAUGCUGUGUUAGAUUACUACGGUAGAAGAUUGGCUACGUGUUCAUCUGACAAGACUAUAAAGAUCUUUGAAGUAGAAGGCGAAACCCACAAAUUGGUUGAAACAUUAAGCGGACAUGAGGGUCCUGUUUGGCGUGUUGCCUGGGCACAUCCAAAAUUUGGUACAAUUUUAGCAUCAUGCUCCUAUGAUGGUAAAGUUUUGAUUUGGAAGGAAGAGAAUGGAAGCUGGGAUCAAAUUGCAGUUCAUGCUGUGCAUUCUGCAUCUGUCAAUUCUGUACAAUGGGCACCUCAUGAAUAUGGUGCCUUACUGUUGGCAGCAUCCUCGGAUGGUAAGGUUUCAGUGGUAGAAUUUAAGGAAAAUGGUACAACUUCCCCUGUAGUUAUUGAUGCACAUGCUAUUGGUGUAAACGCUGCUAGCUGGGCACCUGCUACGGUACAAGGAGAUGGAAACUCUCAACAAUUGCGUCGAUUUGUCACCGGUGGCGCUGAUAACUUGGUCAAGAUUUGGAAGUUUAACAACGAUUCACAAACUUAUGUCUUGGAAGAUACUUUAGAGGGUCAUAGCGAUUGGGUUAGAGACGUUGCAUGGUCACCAUCCAUCCUAUUGCGUUCAUACAUUGCCACGGUAUCACAAGAUCGCACUUGCAUUAUUUGGUCUCAAGAAAAUAAUCAAGGUCCAUGGAAGAAAACACUUUUGCAAAACGAAAGAUUCCCUGAUGUUUUAUGGAGAGCUAGUUGGUCUUUAUCAGGUAACAUUUUGGCCCUUUCAGGAGGUGAUAAUAAAGUAACACUUUGGAAAGAAGAUCUCGAGGGUAAAUGGGAACCUGCUGGUGAAGUACAACAGUAA